CUUUGUUGGGUCCCUUUAACCGAAAUCAUAACCCAAAUGCGACACUUCCUUUGUCUCCUUCAAUCUUACUAUUUCCUGAAUUUCAACUCUUUUCUUUCUUUUUAUUCGUUUUCUCUCUCUUCUAUAAAAGUCCACUGUUUUUCUAAAAAAAUGUCCUCUUUUUUCUAAUUGUCUGCUCUUCUCUCUUCUGUUAGGUGGUGGUUGCUCACCUUCAUUCACUCCUUUUUUUUCACUUACAUUUUUAUUUUCCUUAUAAACUACCUAAGUAACACCUACAAAUUCUCCACUUCCAUUGUAUUUUCUCAUAAUAGUGUAAUAUUUUCGUCUUGUUAUUCAAAUCUAAGGAAAUUUACAAAGAUGAGGACGAUUAUGUCGUCGAAAGCUCCUGGAGAAGCAUCCUUCUCCUUCUCUAGAAGAUACUUCAAUUGGCGGAAGAAGCCCGAAGAUCUUCUUAAUGAAGAAGAUUGUAAUGAUGAAGAAGGAAUUCUUCGUUCUUUUUCGAGUCUUCCUUCUGAAGGUGCUACUUUAAACAUGUUAUCGAGUGAUACAAAUGAUAACGAGGUUGAGACGACGAUUAAGUCUUGUGUCUUAGUCCCUAAGAAGACUAAGAACAAGAACAAGAUUUUCGUUUCUAAGUUUACGUCUUUUUUUACUAGGACGUUAAGUAGUAAUAAGUCCGGAGAUAAUAGUAAUAGUAAUAGUAAUAGUAAUAGUAAUCAUCGUUCUGCCACGACUCUUGGGUCGAAGGUUGUUGGUACGUUGUUUGGGUUUAGACGUGGUCAUGUUCACAUUGCGUUUCAAGAAGAUCCGAAGACGACACCGGCUUUUCUCAUCGAGCUUUCGACUCCGACUAGCGUUCUAGUGAGGGAGAUGGCUUCAGGGUUGGUGAGGGUAGCAUUGGAAUGUGACAAGAAGGUUGAUAAAAAAGGGGUGAAGUUGUUAGAGGAGCCACUUUGGAGGGCUUAUUGUAAUGGGAAAAAGUGUGGUUAUGCUAUGAGGAGGGAGUGUGGACCGCACGAGUGGCGCGUGUUGAGGUCCGUUGGGCCGAUAACGAUGGGGGCUGGUGUUUUGCCUAGGGAAGGCGGUAGCGAGGAUGAUGGGGAUAGUAGUGAUGGUAGUGGAGGAGGAGGUGGUCAACACGGCCGUGCAAAGGCGGAAGGGGAGCUUAUGUAUAUGAGGGCUAAGUUUGAGAGGAUUGUUGGGUCUAAGGAUUCUGAGGCAUUCUAUAUGAUGAACCCUGAUGGAAAUGGGGGUCCUGAGUUGAGUGUUUAUUUGCUCCGAGUUUGAGGUAUUUUUGGUCAUGCAUGAAUUUGGUAUAAACAUUAGGGAUUUAUAAUGUUUUUGGAGAUAUGAAAUGAAAUGAAAUGUUGUUGUUAUUAUAUGUAUCACCUAAGGUUUUAAAAAAAAAAAUAGACUUGGAUCAUCAAAUGAAAUCUAUGGUAGCUCUUGUUAUAUGCUAAAUUCAUAUCAUUGGCCAUCUUGUUGGGAUCUUGUUAUUUUAAGUACGUAUAGCUUCAUUUUGUAGUCCCUCUCCUUUUCAAAUGAAAUCUAUGGUAGCUCUGCUAUUACAAUGAUUA